AUGUCGGAAGUUCCUCAUUUUGUUUUGUACGAGCAUGCAAUUGGCUACGCACUUUUAAAAGUUAAAGAAUUCGAAGACGCCGGUCUUGUUGCUCAGGAAGUCGACUCUGCUUUGGCUGAUGGAUAUAAGUUUACGCAAAUUGUCGAGUUAUCGUCUUUUGAUCCGUUCAAAAAUACCGAAGCUGCUUUGGAAAACUGCAAUGCGAUUUCGGAAGGGCUUGCUCAUCCUGAUUUGACUAAUUUCCUUGUUAAAUCUUUACCUAAAAAGAAAAAGCACGUUGUACUGGGAAUCAAUGACUCGAAACUUGCUGGUUCGCUUUCUGAAGCGAUUCCUGAGCUGAAGCUUGUCUUCGGCGGCGUUAUCACUGAGAUUCUUCGUGGUAUUCGCGUGCAUUUUGAACGUUUGGCUAAAAAUCUUCCACAUCAUUCACUUUCGAAAGCUCAGCUUUCACUCGGUCAUAGUUACUCUAGGGGAAAGGUUAAAUUCGAUGUCCACCGUGUCGACAACAUGGUCAUUCAAUCAAUUGCGCUUCUUGAUCAACUUGACAAAGACAUCAAUUUGUUUGGAAUGAGAAUUAGAGAAUGGUAUUCGUACCAUUAUCCGGAGCUCUUCAAGGUUGUGCCUGAUCAAUACAAGUACACUCGCCUCGCUGUUGCUAUUCUCGAUCGUAACAAGAUGAGCGAGAAUGAAAACUUGGAAAACGAAAUUCUAGAAAUUCUGGAAGGCGAUGAGCAAAAGAAGGAUGAGGUCAUUGAAUCGGCGAGAACGUCCAUGGGAAUGGAUAUUUCUGACUUCGAUCUUGAAAAUAUGAAGAAUUUUUCUGUCCGAGUUUCAGCAUUGAUUGAGUAUAGAACUCAACUCCAUAAUUACAUCAAAGAUAGAAUGGACCAUUGUGCUCCUUCUCUUAGUGCUUUGAUUGGAGAACAGGUUGGAGCGCGCCUUAUUUCGCAUGCUGGUUCGCUCACAAAUUUGGCUAAAUACCCUGCCUCGACUGUUCAAAUUCUUGGAGCUGAGAAAGCUCUUUUCCGCGCUUUGAAAACAAGAUCGAAUACCCCGAAGUAUGGACUCUUGUUCCACUCUAGUUUCAUUGGAAAGGCUGGACCCAAGAACAAAGGGCGUGUUUCGAGAUAUCUUGCCAACAAAUGCUCGAUCGCGGCACGUGUUGAUUGCUUCUCCGAUGUACCAGUAUCAACCUAUGGAGAGUAUUUGCGUGGGCAAGUUGAGGACAGACUCGAGUAUUUCACAAACGGAACUGUUCCAAAGAAGAAUAUUGAAGUGAUGAAGGAAGCCGAAGAAGCUGCCGUCAGUGUUAGAGAAAAAGUGCUCAAGAAAAAAAAGAAAGCUGCAAAGAAGGCUAAAAGGAUCUUAGAAGAGUCUGCCAGCGGAGAGGCUGAUGUGGAUGAGCCAAAACCCAAGAAGAAGAAGAAGAGCAAAGCUGGAGAUGAAUAA